AUGAGCGAGUACUGGGUCUCCAAAAAACGAUAUUUCUGCAAAUAUUGCGAAAUUUACAUCGCAGACGAUGCUCCUUCUCGCCAACAGCACGAAAAUGGCUUGCGUCACAAGGGAAAUCGAGACAGGUUCAUCCGAGGGUUGUACAAAGAAGGAGAAAGGAGGAAAAAGGAUCAAGAGGAGGAAAAGCGGGAGAUGGCCAGAAUAGAAUCGGCAGCUCAGGCAGCAUUCUCGCAAGACGUCGGUGCUGGUCGUGCGAGGGCAAUAGCACCAGUAGCCUCCUCUUCCAGCGCUCGCAAACCCGCGACGAAACCGGCGAAUCCUUACGCCAACUAUUCUACUGCAGCGUCGUUAGGUUACACGGAUCCCGAUGCAGCAGAUAUUGCUGCAGAGCAAGAACGUCACCGAACGCAAGGUGUUGCUGGUGAAUGGCAAGUUGUUGAGGAGCCUCCAGCUAUCUCCACACCCACAGUUGAACCAGCAACCACCACUGAAAAACGACCAGCAGAAACGCCAGUCGAUUUGGAAGAUACGCGGCAUUUCAAGCUACAGAAAAUCAAACUUGGAACAGGUCUCGGACAGAUAUAUGACCCCGGUGUUAUUGCCCUCAAGCCGAAGAAGAAGGAGUUGGAAGAGUCUGGGGUACCAUUGGAGCCGAGUGCGGGUGCAUUCACGACUACCAAUUCGUCUGCUUCCCAAUCAUCAACGAUGAAUGACAAACCCAAAUGGACAAAAAUACAAUGGAAACAUGCAGAAGACAAGUUGCCUCAGAGUCUAGCAAACCCCGAUAGACUAACUGAUAAAGAGCCCACACGAGACGACGCCGAAACCGGUCAAGUCCCCAUCGAACCUGACAGUGAUACCUCCGAAAAUGUGCCUCGAGAAGUGAAAGUAGAGAGCAUCGAGAAUGUGGAUAUAAGGGUGCGAGAUGACAUGAAGCCAGCUGUUCCAAGAGGUGAUGCUCAGCAGAGUGGUUCUAUCGAAAAACAGGAGGCAGCUAGUGGCAGUAGUGGGGCUCUCUUUCGAAAGCGAAAAGUACCAACAGCAGGAAACCGAGGUCGCAGAGAAAUUUAG